UUUAUUUAAGAUUUUGAUUGGCUGAGAGUGUAGGAAUUAAAGUGAAAAUGGAAAAGAUAAUGAAACAGUUAGAACGAAGCAGCAGUGGCAACACCGGAAUCUGCUAACUCAUCUAUUAUUCUUUCUCUCUCUGCUUUCUUCUCCAUCCUUCAUCAUUAAAUCUCAACCGUUCAUCAGAUUGCAUCAUCGCCACUCAUGGAGGUCCGUUCCAACCCCGCCGCCGAUAACUCCUCCGACCACCGUCGACCGUCCGCCCUUUCGUCCAAGCAGCCACCUCCUUCUCCUCACCCCGUCGACACCUCCGCCGUUUCACAGAGACUCCAGAAGGAAUUAAUGGCUCUCAUGAUGAGUGGAGUGGAUCUAGGAGUAUCGGCUUUUCCUGAUGGUGAAAGUAUUUUUACAUGGAUUGGUACAAUUGAAGGUGGAAAAGGAACUUUGUAUGAGGGUUUAUCUUAUAAACUCUCAUUACGAUUUCCCCUGGACUAUCCUUUUAAGCCUCCCCAAGUAAAGUUUGAGACAAUGUGCUUUCAUCCAAAUGUUGAUCAGUUUGGCAACAUUUGUCUGGACAUCCUUCAGGACAAGUGGUCUUCAGCUUAUGAUUGCAGAACUAUUCUUCUGUCUAUUCAAAGUUUAUUGGAAGAGCCUAAUCUGGAGAGUCCUCUAAACAGCUAUGCUGCAGCACUUUGGAAUGAUAAGGAAGGUUUGGAAAUACAUGGCAACAUUGUUUUCUGUUAUAUUAACUCUGCCUAUUAUUUGUUGGUACCAUCUCAAGUUUUUUCAUUUGAUCUCUACCUCCAUUACUACAUUCCUAGAGAGUUUUUGGAUUUGUCUUAACUUUUCACCUUUUUUAUUCAAUAGUGUAAUGCUCUUGUAGAGUUCUGUAUAUUUUUGUUGAAUGCAUAUUUUAACUGGGGCAUGCAUGGAAUAUGUCAUCCAGAUUACAGGAGAAUGGUCCACAAACAGUUUUUUGCUGGAGAAGCUCUUGAAAGCUGAUUCAUACAAUCCAAAGUGAGAUCAAUUAGUUUCCGCAUCAUAGUGAUAAAAGUUUGCCUCAAGUAAAAAUCUGCAUCUUAUAAAUUUCAUUUUUUAUUUGCUUGAUAUUGUAACAUGAAACUACGAGAGUUCUGAAGUCCUUUAAUAUCUUUCUGUAGAAAAGUAGUACAAAAAUUAUUGCAAGAAAGUAAAAUGAUGCAAUGUCAUCUUUGUGAUAUUUCCCCUCGGAUGUACAAUGCUUACAACUGUAUAUUGAUGUCACGUAAUAUCUUUCACUUUGAAGCU